AUGUUCCCUGUCUCCCGACUCCUCUUUGUCGUAGUGUAUCCCCCAUUUGGUCGAAAGAAUCGCAAUCUUAGACUUUCCACCGCGUGUGCCGUUGUCAUGGCUUUCACGAGGACACUCGCCAAACUUGUGGGCAUCAAUGUCGAUGCCCACAACGACCGGAUCCCCAAUGAUCUCCCGGCCGCGGCCUACGUCGAAAGGCCCGCCCACACCAAGGAGUUCGUCAAGGGCCACACUCCUGGCGUUUCCGGCGUCAAGCAUUACCUCAUUUCUCUCUUCCCCUUCUUGACCUGGAUUCACCAUUACAACCUGAUCUGGUUGAUUGGUGACUUGAUUGCCGGUAUCACUGUCGGUUUCGUCGUCGUCCCCCAGGGCAUGGCCUACGCCCUGCUCGCCAACCUGCCCGCCGAGUAUGGUCUCUACACUUCUUUCGUCGGUUUCCUCCUCUACUGGGCCUUUGCCACGUCCAAGGAUAUCACCAUCGGUACUGUCGCUGUCAUGUCCACCAUUGUUGGUAACAUUGUCAACAAGGUCCAUGAUAUCGAUGACACCAUCCCCGCGGAGGAGAUCGCUAGGUCGCUUGCUUUGAUCUGCGGUGCCAUCCUCCUCUUCAUUGGUCUCACCCGUCUUGGCUUCAUCGUCGAGCUCAUUCCCCUCGUUGCCAUCACCUCCUUCAUGACUGGUGCCGCCCUCAGCAUCGCCGUCGGCCAGGUCGCCGGUAUGCUCGGCAUCAAGACGGUCAACACCCGUGAAUCAACGUACUUGGUCAUCAUCAACACGCUCAAGCAUCUCCCCGACUCCAAGCUCGAUGCCGCCAUGGGUGUCAGCGCCCUCGCCAUGCUCUACCUCAUCCGAAUCGUUUGCAGCGUCAUGUCCAAGAAGUUCCCCAACCAGAGCAAGACGUGGUUCUUCGUCUCCACCCUUCGCAUGGUCUUCGUCAUCCUCCUCUACACCCUCAUCAGCUGGCUCGUCAACCGCAACGUCAAGUCCGCCAAGGAGGCCAAGUUUGGUAUUCUCGGUGUCGUUCCUAGCGGCUUCAAGCACGCCGGUGCUCCCACCAUGCGUGCCUCCACCAUCAAGCUCUUCGCCAGCGAGAUCCCCGCCAGUGUCAUCGUCCUGAUCAUUGAGCACAUCGCCAUCUCCAAGUCCUUUGGCCGUGUCAACAACUACAUCAUCGAUCCUUCGCAGGAGCUCGUCGCCGUCGGUUUCACCAACCUCUUGGGCCCCUUCCUCGGCGGCUACCCCGCUACCGGUUCUUUCUCUCGUACUGCCAUCAAGGCCAAGGCCGGUGUCCGCACCCCCUGGCCGGCGUCCCUCUCCGGCCUCAUCAUCCACGCCGUCAUCACCUUCUUCGCCGGUGUUUUCGUUUCCGUCUUCACCAACAUUGAGAACGGUAUCUACGUCACCGUUGGCCUUUCCGCCGCUGUCCUCCUCUGGCAGACUGCCCGAUCUCGAGGAACCUUCCUCGGCCAGGUCAGGGCUCUCGAGGCUCCCCUCAAGAAGACCGAUCUCGAUAUCAACGGCUCCUCCGAUGACAUCAUCCGACAGACCUUUGCCCCUCUCGACCACUCCGACGGCAUCAACGCCGAGGCUCAGAUCCACUCUCCCUACCCCGGUGUCUUCGUUUACAGGUUCAGCGGUGGCUUCAACUACCUCAACUCUGCCCUGCACUUCGAUACCAUUUCGCUCCAGCUUCACAAGGAGACUCGUCAGACUGAGGUGAACAAGUACGAGAAGAAGGGUGACCGUCCCUGGAAUGACCCCGGCCCGCGCCGCAGCUCUGGAAACGAGGGCCCCGAUACCCGACCUGUCCUCCGCGCCGUUGUUCUUGACUUCUCUCCCGUCAGCUUCGUUGAUACGACCUCUGUCCAAGCUCUUGUAGAUGCCAGGAACCAGCUCGCCAGGCACGCCAGCCCCGAGGCAGUCGAAUGGCACUUUGCCAACGUCAACGACAGGUGGACCAAGCGUGCUCUCGUCGCCAACGGCUUCGGAUAUGCCGCCGAGGAGGGCGACCAGGCCAACAACGUCACCCUGAACAUUAUUGCUCCUUCCGAGGGCAAGACCACCAGGAACGAGAAGACCGAUAUCGAGACGGGCAACGAGAUCACUCCCAUCAACGCUUCCCGCUCCUCCACCUCGGACGUCGUCGCUGCUGGCACUCUGUACGGUGUCAACUGGCCUUACUUCCAUGCCGACCUCCGCACUGCCGUCAAGAACGCGGUCGACAACGCCAUCAGGAAGAACAAGGCCAGCUCCUUUAAAGGGCACCCGACCCGCACUUCGAAGUUCGGCCGUCUAAACGACGGACACACGACGGACACCCAUUCCCUGGCCCUCGAGCGGAGAAGCUCUUAG